UCUGAGUGCUGAGAGAGCGUGACGUCACGCGCGAUGGUGUGGUCAGCUGUUGUGAGACGAGACCACGGGAGGAAAAGAAGGUUCCACGUAACUGCCCAAACAGCGGGUCACUUCCAGGCAGAGACUGUGAUUUUUGUGCUUUUUCUGUCCCACGUUGACGCACACACUGAUAUCAGAGACGCUGGUCGCGGAGAGAGUGAUAUAGGACACGUUUGUUGUGCGGCAGGAAAGGAAGGAAAAUGGAGCUGGAGGACGGAGUGGUUUACCAGGACGACACGGGCACGUCGGCGAUCAUGUCGGAGCGCGUGUCGGGCCUGGCCAGCUCCAUCUACCGUGAGUUCGAGCGCCUCAUCGGGAAAUACGACGAGGACGUGGUGAAGGAGCUGAUGCCUCUCGUCGUGGCCGUGCUCGAGAACCUGGACUCGGUGUUCGCUGAGAACCAGGAGCACGAAGUGGAACUGGAACUGCUUAAAGAGGACAACGAGCAGCUCAUAACGCAGUAUGAGCGCGAGAAGGCGCUAAGGAAACAUGCCGAGGAGAAGUUCAUCGAGUUUGAGGACUCCCAGGAGCAGGAGAAGAAGGAUCUGCAGAACCAUAUGGAGAGGAUGAACUCUCAUUCACGCCAGCUGGAGCUGAAACUGAAGAACUUUGCUGAUCAGAUAAGCCGUUUGGAGGAACGGGAGGCAGAACUCAAGAAAGAGUACAACGCUCUUCAUCAGCGACACACAGAGAUGAUUCAUAACUACAUGGAACAUGUAGAACGAAUCAAACUCCAGCAGAUAACCGGAGGAGAGGCGUCAGAUACAGGAACCCUGGGCAGAGUCAGGAAAGAGCGACCACUCUCUCUGGGCAUCUUCCCCAUUUCUGGUGGGAACAACUCUCAGAUCCCAGAUUUCCUGGGCAGAGCAGAGACUCCAGGGACAGAAGGGUGGAGAUUCACUGAUCUCAGUCAACAUCGAUCAAAUACCAGUCUCAAGCAGCUGGAGGCAGAGGAUCCUCCACAGAAAAGCGAGGUUAAUAAUGCACAGGAGGCUUGGGGAAAUAUGCUGGCAGACGACUGUAAGGAUGAGCUGUUGGGCUCCAGUUCUGUCACACCCAUGUCCACCACGGCUUCAGAGCCAGGGUUGGACUGUCAGCGGGAGGAUGGUGAUGGAUCCAGCAAGUGUGCUGAGGUGCAGGCUGCACCGGGGACCCGCUCCAUCUCAACAAGUUUGGUGGAGAAUGAGGACAAGUCUGAUGUGCAAGCUAUUAUUGAAUCAACCCCAGAGCUUCACCUGGACCUCAGUGGCUAUAAAGGCUCCAGCACACCGACUAAAGGUAUAGAGAACAAGGCGUUUAACCGGAACACAGACUCUCUGUUUGAGGAACUGUCAAGCGCAGGCUCUGGCCUCAUUGGGGAUGUGGAUGAGGGAGCUGAUCUCCUGGUGGAGUACUCUGACCUGAGUUUGCUUGGAAUGGGCCGAGAAGUGGAGAAUCUCAUUUUGGAGAACACACAGCUGCUGGAGACAAAAAAUGCACUGAAUGUGGUAAAGAACGACCUGAUCGUCCAAGUGGAUGAGCUUACGUCUGAGAGGGAGGUUCUUCAGGGUGAGCUGGAAACACUUCUGCAGACAAAGUCCAAAUAUGAGGAGAGGAACAAAGAGCUCGAAGAGGAGCUUAAGAAAGUUCGGGCUGAAAUGGAGAGCGCCAAACUUAAUAACAAAGAGGAAGAGGAGCAGAGUGACGUGCCUACAGCACAGAGGCGUCGAUUCACUCGGGUAGAGAUGGCACGCGUACUGAUGGAAAGGAAUCAGUAUAAAGAGAGACUGAUGGAGCUACAGGAGGCUGUCAGGUGGACAGAAAUGAUACGUGCUUCCAGAGAAAAUCCUGCUCUUACUGAGAAGAAGAAAUCCAGCAUCUGGCAAUUCUUCAGCCGGCUGUUCAGUUCCUCGGCCUCCAACAGCAGCAGCAGCAGCAGCAGCAGCAGCAGCAAUGUGAUGAAGCCUCUUCCUUCUAACGUCAAGUACAAUCCACCCAGUGGCAUGAGAAAGAGCAGCACCUUCUCCCAGUUUCCCACUGAGCGUUCUAAAGCCUUUGACUUCCUCAAAGAUGAAGUGGACGUGUGCACAUCCCCAUCACGUAGGGAGCAGAAGAAGGCUCAGUACAGGCAGGUCAAAGCCCAUGUACAGAAAGAGGACGGGAGGCUGGCAGCUCAUGGCUGGAGUCUACCCAGUAAAUACAAGGAAGCAAAUGGUAGGCAAGCAGAGAACAAGAUAAACUUGCCUGUUCCUGUGUACCUGAGACCACUGGAUCAGAAAGAUCCUUCUAUGAAGCUGUGGUGUGCAGCCGGUGUGAACCUCUCAGGUGGAAAGCCACGUGACCCAGCCUCAGGUGUGUGUAUCAAUAACUUAGGAGCUGAGGGAGAAACUACUAGACCAAGGAAAGGCUCUCAAAGCAGCCUGGAUCAACAGGAGCAGGAGCACAAGGAGCAGGAGCGUGAGCUGGCGCAGAUGGACAUGUCCAGCCGUGUUUGGAUCUGCACCAGCACACAAUCCUCCACUAAAGUCAUUAUCCUGGACAGCACACAUCCCUCUGAGCUGCUGGAUAGCUUCUACGUCUGUAACUCACACGUGCUGUGCAUCUCCAGCGUGCCAGGUGUUCUGGAGACAGACUAUCCUGCAGGAGAAGAAGUUCCUCAGGACUCAGAGGCCAGACUUGAAGGUUCACUAACAGGCAGUUUGGUUAGUAACAGCUCACAUGGCAGCGAGGGAGCUCUGAGUGGCAUUUCAGCAGUUGGCUGUACAGCAGAUGGGGCAUGGUCUGGAGCUCAGACUGGCAGCUCAGGAACCAAUGAGCUUCAGGCAGAGCUCAGUCCUGUAAGAGGUGGAGUGGAGUUGUCUAGGGAAACUAGUCCCAACGAAGACGGCGUUCCCACAGCAGAGGAAGCCACUGAGGCUACUGAGGAAGAGGAGGAGCCACUGGAUACAGACACCAGCCAGCCUGGCAUUUACACUGAGCACGUAUUCACAGAUCCACUGGGAGCACAGUCCACCGAGAGCUCCACAGCUACAGACAAAGAAAGGAACUUGAGUCGAGAGAGAGAUGGAGCAGCUUCUCCAAACAGCGAGCAGGAUCAGGUCGGGGAAGAGACCCAGAGGAUGAGCAGCACCUUGCCUACCAUGUGGUUAGGAGCUCAGAAUGGCUGCCUGUAUGUGCACUCAUCUGUGGCCCGGUGGAGAAAGUGCCUCCACGCUGUGAAGCUGAAGGACUCUAUUCUUAAUAUUGUUCACGUUAAAGGACGAGUCCUUGUGGCUCUAGCUGAUGGUACCCUAGCCAUCUUCCACAGAGGACUAGAUAGCCAGUGGGAUUUAACCAACUACCACCUGUUGGACCUGGGCCGGCCGCACCACUCCAUCCGCUGUAUGUCAGUCGUGCAUGAUAAAGUGUGGUGUGGAUACAGGAACAAGAUCUAUAUCGUCCACCCCAAAGCUAUGAAGAUUGAGAAGUCAUUCGAUGCUCACCCUCGGAAAGAGAGCCAGGUGCGUCAGCUGGCCUGGGUUGGUGAUGGGAUCUGGGUCUCCAUCCGGUUAGACUCCACCCUGCGUCUGUUCCACGCACACACUUUCCAGCAUCUACAGGAUGUGGAUAUUGAGCCUUAUGUCAGCAAGAUGCUGGGCACAGGUAAACUGGGCUUCUCUUUUGUGAGAAUCACAGCUCUCAUGGUGUCAUGUAAGCGGCUCUGGGUUGGGACAGGAAACGGCGUCAUCAUCUCUAUCCCUUUAUCAGAGUCUGUUGGUCUUCAGCAUGGAGUUCUCGGGCUGAGGGCUAAUAGGACUGUCGGUGUGAUAGCGAGCCGACCCGGCGGCGCAGUGCGUGUGUUUGGGGAUGAGAGUGCAGAUUGUGGGACAUCAGGCUCCUAUGUGCCCUACUGCUCUAUGGCCCAUGCUCAACUUUGCUUCCAUGGUCACAGAGAUGCAGUCAAGUUCUUUGUUGCAGUGCCAGGUCAAGUUGUUCCCCCAGCAGCAGCACCUGACAACGUGACCCCAGACUCAGACACUCCUUCCUCUGACAGUCCUUCACAAGAGCAGCAACAAAAGUUCAUGCUGGUGACGAGUGGAGGAGAGGGCUACAUCGACUUCAGGAUGGGUGAUGAAGAUGGAGCAGGACUAACUGAGGACGAGGAACCUCUUGAACCCACCCUGCAGCUGCAGUCCGCUCCCACCAAAACCGAGCGCAGCCACAUCAUAGUCUGGCAGGUUGCCGUGAAUGACGAGUGAGCACCCAAUCACUGCCUCAGGUUUAUCAGAGAACUCCGCCCCUCAAGCCACCUUGUGGCAUGCUGUUACAUUUAUUAUUUUUUUUAUCACAAAUUACUAGAAUUAUGAUUCCCAUGAUUAUUAUUAGGAGACAUCCCCAAACCCAUUUUUUUAUGUGUGUUUUAUUUGAUCUUUUAUAAUAUUGUAUUUUCAUUCAUGCCAAGGAAUAAGUCAAAGGGAAUCUGUGAUAUAAGGAAAAAGAAAGGGAAUAAAUGAAUCUGUCCAGGACAGGGCUUUGCAAAAGGCCAGCCCAAAAAAAGAACAAGCCUAGUACUUUACUAGAGUACUGAAGCACAGAGACCAGUGAAGGAAAGACAUACUUUCAGUUUACAUCAUAACUGAAUGUAAAAAUUGCACAUAUUUAAAGGAAGUCCCUAUGUUCAAGUUAUUUGUUUUGUGCAAGCGAUAGAUAGAUAAAUAGAUAGAGAGCAAGAGAGAGACAUCUUGUGAGGCCACGACUUAUGUGUACUGGGACUGACGUCGCAGUAGCAUAGUGUGAUAUUUCUAGAGCAACAGAAAGCUAUUUUGCAAUCUGCUUGGCAUGUGUCCUGUUUGCAUUUUCCUAGAAUCUUAAAGGCGCGCGUGUGUGUGUGUGUGUGUGUGUCUGUGAGCGAGAGAGUGAAUGAAGUAAUUCAGUGUGUUGUAAAGCCCUAGCACUAGAUUCUGCCUCACGUGGAAGCACCUGUACGCUAGAGCUUGCUGGCACUUUAAAAUAGUGACCAACGUAAUUAGAUCUAAACUUAGAUCUACACUUAAUCUAAAACCAACACUCAUGUUUUAUUUUUCCAGGGGGCUAGCCUUUUACCAAAGGAAAAAAUUGUAGAACAAAUACAUCUCAACAGCCUCUAGUUCCAUUUAGGCUUUUUUUUUUUUUUUACAUUCACUACAAACUUUUCAUAUUUAAGAUAGAAAAUUUUAAAGGCCUCAUUUCUUGACAGGGAUUUUCAUCAGAACCACUUUGCAUCGCACCUUAACUCAUUUGUCACCUCGCACUAAGCCGGUGGGUUUUUGUGCAUAAAUUUUUUUUUUUAUCUUGAGUGUUUACAUGUCUGGUCUUCGAUACUGAAACUAGUUUGUUUUUAUUUUUUUAUCUCUGUGUCAUUUAAGACAAAAACUUUUUCCAUGUGUCUCUUCUUUAGUGCGGUCUGUUAAUAUGUAAGCACUACAGGCCAGUGUUGAACAUUUUGCUUUUGAUUUUGAAGGAAGUAAAUAACAGGCGGUCUGGUUUUCUUUUUAUUCAACAAAGGGAAUAUUCAUAUAGGUAUUUUUGCCAUUCCAGUAUUUAUUUUUCCAUAAUGAAAUGAUUUUGUGGUUCAGAAUGUAACUUUGUACAUGAACAUUCAAACAGUUUGUGUAAUAUUAUUACAGACGUCGUGAAGGAAUUGCAUCGCUAGUGGUUGAUUUGUGUAACAUCAUGGAUUGGAGUAUGUAGGAUAUACAGAAAAACCUCUCUGUGGAUCAUCUGGAAUUCAGCUUUCAUUGUACUGAGCUAUGCAUGUUUUUUUUAAAAGGACACUGCAGUGUGUUUGUUCAAAUCCCUGAUUAUUGCCACCUUUUUGGGUGGACUAGUGUGUGUGUGUUUGUGUGUGUAUGGGAUAGGGGUGGGGCUGGGGUGGGGGUGGGGGGCUGGACAGUAUGUGUGGACGAUGGACGCUUGAUCCCUUAAACGACAGAGGAUGUGCUGUGGUUGUCACAGCUUGUCAUUACUGUGGUUUUUCCUGUUCGAUGUUUGCUAAAACAGCAUCAUAGCCUUAUUUUUAACAAUCUAAUAAACUCAAUUUCAUGGGAAUUAACAGUCGCUGCUGGUCUGUUUGCACUUCUUUUUUUAGUCCUUUUUACCAAAACUGAGGUGUUAAAACUGCUGUAUUUUCUGGUAAAAAGUAUAGUAAGUUGAGCGACAGAUUUUUUCAUGGAAAAAACCCAACAGCGGACACUAACAUUUUGACGGUGUAAACUAUUAAAAGAUGCAUGAAGAAAUAGAUCCAAGCAGAAUGAGCUCACUGUGAGUUCCCAGAUUUGCUCAGGCUGCUAAUGUGAUGAUGGUGUGACAUUAAAUGUAUCAAACACUUCCUAAGAGUUAUUGAACUGUAUAAUUGAAAUGUAGAAUAUGCCAAUUUGCAUGCUUCAAAAUGCCUCCGAAUCACUACAAGUAAAGAAGUGCCUCUUACUUCAAA